AUGGGGCCAAAAACAGACUCUUCUGAGAAGCUGGAAGAACUGCCAGACGGAAGCGUGAGAGACUCGACACAUGUAGCCUCCGAAACCGAAAUUCCUGUGGGCUCGAACCUGACGGAGCUGGUUAAGGACAGCCAUGGAGAUGUGGAUGUUAGCACUCAAGAGUUGGUUUCCAUGGUGGAAGAGAGGCCAAUGAUCUUGUUGAAAGGCAAGGGUAUCGAGAAAGAUCCAAUGGAUAGUCAGCACAAUAGGGAAUCUGAGGCUGAUCAUGUACAAAUUGCAAUCGAGGGUGGUGACCAGGGCAACGUUUUGGAGGCACCUCCCUUGACGUUGACCAGGGCAUACGUAGCCAGGGAUAUUCAGCCGGGUGCACAGGCCGUUGAAGGGCCAGGCCGAGACACUGAUACAUCGAAUGAUGAUGAAGUGCCAUCCAGUGAUGAGCCACCAGAAGGAUUGCAGGAUCAACCUUUUGUUGUGGAUGAAGAAAACUUGGGAGUCGUCAAUGGUUUCGUUGUGGAGGAUGAGCCGUCUGAAUCGACGAUACCGCAGAGAGAGGUUAUUGAGGGCACCAUUUUGCGGGAGGAGAGUGGCCAAAGAAGCCGCAAAACAAGUUGGGCUGCAUUGAUGUGCUUGUUUCUUUGUGUGGUCGCUGCCACCUUGACGGCUUUGCUGUUGCCCAGACAAUCCAAGAACAGCAGCAGAACCGCGGAUCCCAAUGAAGCACCCACCCCUUUCAAUGAGGGGAUGCCCAUCGUUUAUCCUCCAUAUCAGGACGAUCUACCUCUUGCACUAAUCAAACAAAUUUCCGCGGUUGCAAGCCCGUACUAUAUGGCCAAUAUCUGGAUGCUUCAAGACCCUCAUCUCGAAACCUACACUGAAAAACAAAAGGCGCAGCGACUUCAUUUGGUUGCAUUAUUUUACUUUUCGAAUGGUCACAACUGGACACGGACCGACAAUUGGCUCCAAUAUGACGUCUCAGAAUGCGAUUGGUAUUCUUCCAACGAUCUUGAGCCGAGUUGCGAUCAAGAGGGAUCCUUCGUUAACUUGAAUCUCUCGUCCAACAAUUUGCGCGGAGAUCUCACUGAUGCUCAUGAUCACAUGGUGACAGCGAAGGUGUUUGACAUUUCCAACAACUACCUCUCGGGUAAUCCUCCUAAUGUGGGUACAAACCCAGCGUUAGAGGUACUGGAUGUUUCCCACAAUGACUUCAAGGGAUUCUAUCAAAGCAACGGAGGCUGGGCUUCUGUCGGGGUGCGUGUUAUCCGAAAUGAUGGAAACCAUUUUUCUGGUGGUGCAUCAUCUGGAUUAUUCUAUCUGCUCGUCCCAGCACUCGAAGUGUUCAACAACUCAUUGAACUACUAUCACGGAGAGCUGCCCUGGGCAUUGACCAACUGCAAAAACCUCACUCACUACUCUUCCAAGUGUGAUCAUGUGGGAAGCAUCCCUCCUGAGUAUGGCAGCUUGACAAAACUCCAGGAAUUUGAUAUCGAAAGGAACAGUCGGAUGACUGGAGCCAUUCCCUCAGAGCUUGGUCUUUGGACUAGCCUCACUUCACUGAACAUUGCUGGUACUGCUAUCACGGGCACCAUUCCAGAAGCCCUCUGCUCUAGAGCUCUGGCUGGAGACUUGAACAUUCUUGCAAACUGUAGCCUUGUGGAGUGCUGCGGUGCUGAAGAGUAG